AUGCAGACGGCUUCUACAAACAUUUGUGAAAGAAUGAGUCACUUUCAGGAGCUCCGUGACUCCAAGCGUGGUACCGCGAUAGGUUGCCACCUGUGCAAUAAGUCCAUCCGUGACAUUUCCUUGCUACUAAAAUAUUCCAUUGUCAACUGUUAGUGGAAUUAUAACAAAAUUGAAGCAACUGCGAACAGCAACUCAGCUGCCAAGUGGUAGCAGGGUCAGGGUAUGCUGAAGUGCGCAGAAGUCGCCAACUGUCUGCAGAAUCAACAGCUAAAAGACCUUCAAACAUCGUGUGUGGCGUUCAGAUUAGCACAACAGUGCGUAGAGAGUGGCCAUGGAAUGGGUUUCCAUGGC